AUGAUUCUAUUCAUAUUUUUAUAUACCAUUGUCGGACUAAUUUUUUUCAUUUUCUUCUUUAUUUAUUGGAAAUUAAUUCGUCCACAAAAACGUUUCUACGAUAUAUUUCGUAGUCAAGGUGUAUCAUGUGAACCGUUCGUACCAUUUGUUGGUCAAUUAUCUGAUAUACGUCGUGCGUCUGAAAAUGAUGAUGCAUUGAAUUAUCGAAUGAAACUUGUUCGAAAACAUGGUUAUGUUUAUGUAAUAGGUUUCGGUCCAUCAAUACGUUUAAUUGUAAUGGAACCAGAUAUGCUUGCUGAUGUUUUUGGUCGAUCACAUGCACAAGAUUAUAGAAAGCCAAUUGGUACUGACAGCUUUUUUAAACCAUUAAUUGGUGUACAUAAUCUAUUAGUUAGCGAAGGAUCAGAACAUGAACGUGCACGAAAAAUGCUUAAUCCAGCUUUUCAUUUUAUCAAACUACAAUCAAUGAUUUCUAUAAUGGUGAAUCAGACUAACAAGGCUAUUGAUGAAAUUCUUUUAUUAUCAACUGAACAUCAAAUCAUCGAUUUACAGACAGAAUUAAAUACUUUAACAUUAAGUAUUAUUGCAUCGUGUGCAUUUGGUAAAUGUUUUGAAACUAUGGCUAAUGCGAAACAAAUUGUAUGCCGAACAUUUACUGAACUAUUGGAAGCGAUACAAUAUCGAACAGUGCGAAUGAUCGAUCAAAUACCUGUCAUUUCACAACUGCCAUUUUGGCGUAAAAAUAUUUUAGAUAAGGGUUCACGAGAAAUUUCAAAAUUUGUCGAUCAAAUUAUUGCUGAUCGUCGACAUAAUCGAUCAACUAGUUUAUCUUCUGGGGAAGAUAUUCUUGAUCUUCUUCUUUCAGCUGUCGAUACUCAAGGACAACCAUUUAAUGACCAAGAAAUUAAAGAUCAAGCAUUAACGUUUGUACUCGCUGGUCAUGAAACAACAGGUAAUUUAAUGGCAUGGACUAUGUAUGUAUUAAUGACAAAUGAACAAGUAUUACAAGCUUGUCGAGAUGAAGUCGAUAGAGUACUACCUAAUGGUAUUGAACCUACUUAUGAGAAUAUAAAUGACCUAAUCAUAUGCGAAGCUGUUCUACAAGAAGCCCUUCGUCUAUAUCCCCCAGCACCUUUUAUUUCACGAAGAUGUAUGCAUGAACAUUAUAUAGGUAGUGAAGGUCAUCGUCAAAUACGUAUUCCUGUUGGAGCAGUAAUUGUCGUUAAUACUUAUAUUCUUCAUCGACGAGAAGAAUUUUGGUCUCGACCACUUGAAUUUGAUUAUACUCGUUGGAUUCGAGAUCCUGUAACAGGUCUUAAACCAAAAUUAGCUCAUCCAUUUAGUUAUUUACCAUUUGCGGCUGGAUCACGUAACUGUAUUGGACAAAAUUUUGCUCUACUUGAAGCUAAAAUUAUGUUAGCUAUGCUUGUACAACGAUGUAAUUUUGAAUUAGAACCUGGUCAAAAAAUUGUACCUGAGGUUCGUAUUACAAUGCGAUCUAAGUAUGGGUUACGAGCAAGAAUUACUAAACGCUCUUGA